AUGAUUGCUGCAUUCCCAAAUGGAGUCGUGAUAGUUUUCGCAUUUUCUGAAGUCGGUACAUGUACGGACCGAUACUCUGGAGCCGUUUUAUCGAUACCAAGCAUCUUUGUACCAGGACCUAAGCAUGCUUGUUCCCUCCACCGACCACAAAAUGUAACUCGGCGACGUCAUACUUCGGGCUAA